GCCGCGUACAGUUUGAACAAUGAACCAUUGAGGAUUAUAUGCUGAUUUUUAGCGGGAAAGAAGCGACUUUUUUAAGCACCCCACACUGAUUUACAAACACGUUUAACCAAUGAGAAACAUGCCUGGCCACGUUUUCAUUGAUCUGUCGAGACAUGUUCAUACGAAGAUUAGCAUCUGUAAAGAAGACUAGAGAGAAUAUUGUUGCUGAUCAUCAACCCGUGACUGUUGAUGCACUUUUUUAAUGCUUUCAAGAGCAAUUUACGAAAUAUCAUACGUAUAAUAUCUUUCUUAUACAGGCUUUGAAGUAACAUUUUUGUCUUUAAACAAGACGAAGGGUUUUGUAGAAAUUGUAUUUACUCUACAUUGAAAUACGGUCGGGAGCGAAAUUCUCCUCACGUUGUCAUUUGUAUAUGAGUGAGUACUCAACACGCUUACUUACAAAAGGCAAAGAAUUGAACUUUCGUCUCCUAGUAAGUUCUUUAGUGUUAAGUAUAUCGCGUUGUUUUUAAAUUCCUAUUAAAUGGAGCAACCAUUGCAAUGCAGACAAGACGUAGAACCCGUGCGAAAGAGGAAAAGAAAGCGCAGACGGCGAUGCAAAAGGCACCCCCAAGAAGGGCCACAUUCACCGACUUGUCGUGGACAGAAAGCCAGCGCUAGUGCUGUCACAAACGGCCCAGCAUUGGUAAGAAUAUUACCACAAUUAAAACCUGUUCUCGAUUUUCUUGAAGUCAAGGGUGACACAUUCACAAGAGCUCAGAUAAUGGGUCACCUCACUGACUAUAUAAAAAAGAAGUCAUUAUACGAUCCUGUUGACCCAAGAAAGGUGUAUUGUGAUAAUGAUCAACUUGGAGAUAUAUUUGGAUGCAAAGAAUUCUCAACUGCUAAUGCAUGUGACCUGCUUUUGCAAAACCUCGAGAACGUUUCCGCGGCAACAAACAGUACGGAGUCCCAUUCCUCAAAACGGGCAAGAGGCAACUACCCUUGUCCACCCAGGCCGCUGACAUCCGUGUCUACCACUGAUACGUGCUCCUGCAGUGAAAGCGACCAGCAGUCGACCGGUGAUUUCCCGCUCUCAGCCAUAUCAGUAUUCCGGCCCCCCGGUGUCAAGCGAAAUGUUGAAAGUUCCUUUUCAGGAACCGGCAGUACAUCGCCUUGUCUGCCAAGUACCUCUUGUGUGGAAACAACAGAGAGCUUGACAAUAUACAUGCAACACUACAAGGCAAUUUCCGAGAAUGCAACAGACGUUGUAACAGAUACUUCGGACGAUCUGUUCUUUUUAAAUGAAACGGACGAAGAGCGUGUCGUGAGACAAUUUGUGAGCGAAAGCGAAGUUAGUUUGACCGCUGAUACUGAUGAUGAGAAUAUUGUGAGACGAAUUGAAAGCGAUGGAGGAAGGUUUGCCGUGGAAUAUGAACCGAUCUCAUACAGCGAGGAAGAAAGACUGGUAGCAGUACAUGGCUUUGACACAGAAGGAACAAGCGACUCCAUGGAUACGGAGGUGGACGAGGGUGAGGAUGGGGGUGAUGAGCUGGGGAAUGGGGAUAGUUCGGACUCGGAGAUUGAGGAAGAUGAUAAAUGGCAAUGUGAAUUAUGUGAAGAACGAAAUCAUCCUAUGACGAGACGAUGUGUCCGUUGUUGGUCUAUCAGACAAGAUUGGUUUCCUCCUACUUUGAAUAGAACAUCGUCGGAUCCAGGCCGAAUUCAAACUGAGACCUCGCAGCCCCAGAUAGACCCAGUAACCGUAUCUGACUCGGCAUCUACCAGCCAGAGCCGCGUUACUCCUGUUGUACCAGCGGCAAACGAUGCUACGGACUCAACUGCAUCGGAGACGAAGGAUAGUUAUGGUCGGUUGAAGUGUAUGCUUUGCCGUAAGGCACCACCUGAUGGCUGUAUCGUUCACGGAAGGACUGGACACCAGGUAUGCUGCCUUGUGUGUGCGCAAAAACUUAAAGAUGACAAUAAACCAUGUCCAGUGUGUAGGAAGAAAAUCGGCAAGGUGAUAAAGAACUUCAUGUAGCAUCCGCUUUUAAUCAAAGGAAGAUGUGGAAUUUGACCGUUACGUAACCCAAUUCACAGCUUGCAACUACACGGUCUCUCUCUAUUUGCAUCACGCGAAAGUCUAACCACGUCCAUAGACACCAAAUGCUGCUUGGCUUUUCAGAAAUGUUGAGCGCGAAGCCUGGGUUAAAUUUUAACCCACUGUUUUGGUGUGUGAAUUUUUGCAAAGUCACGUGGUUCGAUACUUUCGAGAAGAAAACGUCAGUUGACUCCUGCCUGAAACCUCAAUUCGAAAUUAGGCCAAAUUGGUCCCAAUUGUGCGAAUUUGUAAAUGCAAAUACUUCGAUGACACAAGAUUAUUAGAAUCACCUUUACGAGAGACCAAUCUUCAAUCGAAAAGUUUGUGAUUCGUGUUCAAAAAGAGAGUUUCUAAAAAGAGUCCCCCCCCCUAACAUAUGUGAGGAUAUAUAACUCUACUCUAUAUCAUUCGAUGACUGACCGGGGGUGACCCUCUAAAGUGGUGGACGUUGUGAAUAGCGUUUAAGAAAUUUCUUGUUAUGGUCCCCACCAACAUUCACUUGGGCGGGACGAACAUCAAAGUUCUACCAAAGGUAGUAGUGUAGUUGUGUUUGAACUAAGUUUGAACUCUAUAUGAUAAUAUAAAAGCAUAUAUAUUUAUUGACUAGGAAUUUAAAUAGAUCAUAAUAUAAAAGAAUAUACCACCCUGAUAUGGCCCUCGAACUACGAGAGCUGGAAUCUCUCCACAUUCACAAAAUGCACACGAUUGACAUCAUCCCCCCCCCCCAUUGCAGAAGCGCUAAUAUUUUAUUUGGUACGUAUUAUAUUUGUAAUGUAUUAUGGAUUUGGCGUUUAAUAAUUUCUAUCAGGAAAAUAUACAGUGCUCAUGUUUAUGAGCAAAAAAAGAGAUAUCACGGUCAAAAUACAAGAUCCUUUCGGCUUAUGCCACCUUUCUGCGAUUCGCUGUACUUCAUUUUGUUUUUUUAUCCGUCUAUCAACAAGGAUAUUUAUGGCGGUAGUUACUCGUAAAUUCGAUAAAAUAACGCGAAACAAAUGACUGGUAAAUCGAAAGAAAUUUCGCUCACCCCCCUGCGCAAGCCCGUCCAAAGAAUCUGUCCAUGUCACAAAAGCGAAGUUAAAAAGGUCCUUGUAUUUCGACUGUGAAAGUAAUGUGUAUGUUUUAAAACAUAUGUCCAGGACACAUUCGUUAUAGAAUUCAUAAUAUAUUUCGCAAUUUGAGUUUUCGGCUGCAAAGAAAACAAGAGCCAAACUCGAAUUUUGUGUGCAUAGUUUUACCAUAACUUGUGAUAAAACCUGUUUGUUUUCGUAAUUUCAAUCAUGGUUAUUUCUCAUAAGUACAAUGCCUCGUUUACACUACACUUAAUAUUGACAGAGCACAGAUAAAAUUGGUACCCUAGCUCAAUUUUAUCCAUCCUCAGGCUACCAGUGUACAAAAGCUGAACACAACUUAGUACCAUAAUCAUUUCAGUCUUGCCGUGCAUAUAAAUCAAGUGUAGUGUAAACGGAGCUCUCUCUAUAUAUACACCUUAAGUCAAGUAUACAAUACGCAUGCGUAUUUAUGUCUAUGCCUCUUAACUAGUUGAAAAGAAUAUAGAGAGGAAAAUAAUACAUUACGAUGCUAUGUAACAUAGUUGGUUAUUUUGUGGAUAAGGCCUGAUUAUUCCAGGCCAGUUAAAAUUACCUUAUUUUGGUAAGGAACUUAAGUAUUAUUGUGGUGGUGGCCGGAAACUAUUAAAUUGGUUAGCCACGAAUACUAGAAUUUGGGUGUGUGUGUAACUGCGGGGGUGUAUUGGAAAGAGGGUCAGGCAUGUCCAGGUGGAGGAGGUAGCCCAAAGGGAGGUGACCCCCGCCUGCAUAAAUCAAGAUAGAUAAGUUUUCUGAAUCUGAUUAUUGAAUGCGAUUUUUAAUUCGCAACAAUAUGGCAUUAUUUGCCCUGCAUGUGACAUAUAUUAGGGUUUUUGUUUAAAUUUUACCAAUACACCCCUGUUUAAAUGUAUAUUUUAUCUGUAUUAUUCAAGGCCCGGUUAGUCCCAGUUACUGGUUCAGCCUGGGGUGAAACAUUAACAUGGUCGAAUCCUAGCAUUGUAGCUAAGGUUUCUGCUUUAUGUAAUUAGACUGUAGUUUGCAAAUGCACAUCGCACGAAUAUAGCGAGGGUUAGGUUUAUAUAUUGUAUCAUUAUUGACGUUUCGAUUGCAUCCCAAUCGCAUUUUGCUAUCGUAAAUAGCUUGCUGUAAUAUGACGUUAUAUUGUAUUGUGUUAUGUUGAAAUGCUCAUUAUUUAUAAAGGAAAAGUUAACCUAUUUUACACUUGUAUUUUUCUCUCU